CUUUUAGAAGAAGUUCUUACUUCUUACGCAUUCACCUUUUGUUGAUUUGGGAUUUUCUCAUUUUUGUUGGCUUCUUCUUCUUCUGCAACAAAUCGCUUUGGUCGAUUUAUCUUUAUCCCCCGCUCAAAGCUCCCUACUUCUUCAGAAUCCGGCGAAGAUAUAAUCUUUAUCAACAAGUUCUUCGAGCAGCAGAGAGCUAUGUCUCUUUUAAAGUCUCUUUAGCGACAAUUGUCUUUCGUGGGGUUUCUCUGUUUUUAUCGGCGACCCGUCGCUACAGGCAAAAAAGUUCGGGCGUUUGUACCAAGUGUAGGAUACAGUUGCUGUUAGUCAGCAAAAGAGAAGCUUAAGGUGGGGGUUAAAACUGUGAUGCUGAAUGUUUGGACCAACAGGUGGGUUGGGGAUGAAUCCCUCAAUGGAUGAUAUGAACUUAAUCCAGCAGGCACAAAGGCAUCAGCUUGUUGUAAGUAAUCUUGGCGAAGAAAUUGAUUUGGAAAUUGGACCUGGAGAUGAUGACGCUGCUUUUGCUAACAAUUCAUUGAUUGGCGGGCCUCCACGGGACCCCUCUACUGGGGAGCAUGAUGAAACGAAGCAUAUGGUUUUGGUAUCUGACCUGCCCGGUGAGGAUCAGGAUAUGUCAAAGGGUCAACCGGUGAAGAGAAAGAAAAAAGUUGUCAAACGGUGGAGAGAGGAAUGGGCUGACACGUACAAGUGGGCUUAUGUCGAUAUGAAGGAUGGAACAGCUAGGAUAUUUUGUUCUAUUUGCAGAGAGUAUGGUAGAAAACAUCGAAGAAAUCCUUACGGUAAUGAAGGAAGUAGAAACAUGCAGAUGAGUGCAUUAGAAGAACACAACAAUAGUUUACUACACAAAGAAGCUCUGCGUCUCCAAACGGCUUCCAAAGAAAAGAUUGUUGUUGACAAGCCCAUUUAUGUGAAGACUCUUAUGUCAAAAAGUGCUGGUUCAAUUGUUGAGGGUGCCCUGAAACGAGAUCCUAAUGAGAUUGAAUUUGUUCAAUCUGUACAAGAAUCUGUGCAUGCUCUAGAGCGGGUAAUUGCAAAAAAUUCUCAUUAUGUCAAUAUCAUGGAGCGGCUACUAGAACCUGAACGUAUGAUAGUUUUUCGAGUUCCAUGGAUUGAUGAUCGUGGUGAAACACAUGUAAACCGCGGCUUUAGAGUUCAGUUCAAUCAAGCACUGGGUCCAUGUAGGGGAGGUAUCCGAUUUCAUCCAUCCAUGAAUUUAAGCAUUGCCAAAUUUCUUGGCUUUCAGCAGACGUUGAAAAAUGCUCUGUCACCAUAUAAACUGGGAGGGGCAUCUGGUGGAAGCGACUUUGAUCCUAAAGGCAAAAGUGACAAUGAGAUUAUGAGAUUUUGCCAAAGUUUCAUGAAUGAGAUGUACAGAUAUAUGGGUCCUGACAAAGAUCUUCCAUCAGAGGAGGUCGGUGUUGGUACUCGGGAAAUGGGAUAUCUUUUCGGACAAUACAGACGACUUGCUGGUCAGUUUCAGGGAAGUUUUACAGGACCGAGGAUAUAUUGGGCUGCUUCUAGCCUUAGAACUGAAGCUAGUGGCUAUGGUGUGGUGUACUUUGCACGACUUAUGCUUGCAGAUAUGAAUAAGGAAAUCAAGGGACUAAGAUGUGUCGUGAGUGGUUGCGGGAAGAUUGCGAUGCAUGUUGUAGAGAAGCUAAUUGCUUGUGGAGCCCAUCCGGUUACAGUUUCAGAUUCAAAAGGAUAUUUGGUGGACGAUGACGGAUUUGAUUAUAUGAAACUUGCAUUCUUGAGAGAUAUAAAAUCCCAACAGAGAAGUUUGAGAGACUAUUCCAAGACGUAUGCAAGGGCGAAAUACUUUGAUUUCAUGAAUGAGAUGUACAGAUAUAUGGGUCCUGACAAAGAUCUUCCAUCAGAGGAGGUCGGUGUUGGUACUCGGGAAAUGGGAUAUCUUUUCGGACAAUACAGACGACUUGCUGGUCAGUUUCAGGGAAGUUUUACAGGACCGAGGAUAUAUUGGGCUGCUUCUAGCCUUAGAACUGAAGCUAGUGGCUAUGGUGUGGUGUACUUUGCACGACUUAUGCUUGCAGAUAUGAAUAAGGAAAUCAAGGGACUAAGAUGUGUCGUGAGUGGUUGCGGGAAGAUUGCGAUGCAUGUUGUAGAGAAGCUAAUUGCUUGUGGAGCCCAUCCGGUUACAGUUUCAGAUUCAAAAGGAUAUUUGGUGGACGAUGACGGAUUUGAUUAUAUGAAACUUGCAUUCUUGAGAGAUAUAAAAUCCCAACAGAGAAGUUUGAGAGACUAUUCCAAGACGUAUGCAAGGGCGAAAUACUUUGAUGAAGUAAAGCCUUGGAAUGAAAGAUGUGAUGUAGCAUUUCCUUGUGCUUCUCAGAAUGAAGUUGAUCAAGCAGAUGCCAUUAAUCUGGUCAAUGCAGGCUGCCGCUUACUGGUAGAAGGCUCAAACAUGCCGUGUACAGCUGAAGCAGUCGAUGUUUUUAGAAAGGCGAAUGUUCUGAUUGCUCCUGCCAUUGCUGCUGGAGCUGGAGGAGUUGCUGCUGGUGAAAUUGAAGUACUCCGUGAAUCUAAUUCAAUGCAAUGGUCAGCAGAAGAUUUUGAGUCUAGAUUACAGGAAGCACUAAAGCAGACUUAUGAAAAAGCUCUUAAAGCAGCAAAUGAUUUUGGUUAUCAGAAAGAAAGCCCUGAGGCACUUCUACAUGGAGCAACAAUUGCAGCAUUUUUAAAUAUAGCUCAAGCCAUGACUGACCAAGGUUGUGUCUAGCUAACUAAGCCCUGCAUAGUACCGGCAGGAGUUGUCUUAAAAACCUAAUGGAGGAGUAACAUUGGACUCUCUGUAUCAUAUUAGGUCCAAUCUAUAUCAUUAUUUAGAUAUAUAUACUCUGAUAGGAAUACUAUUUUUAUUUAAUCAGCCAUAGUACGUUCACUAUGAUUAUUUGACUUGCAAAAAUGGAAGAUAAUAGCUUUAACAA